UCUAACCAUUGGUAUAAUAACAUAAAACUGUUGAGUUCGUCUGCAUAACACACUCUCUUUAGUAAGGAAUUGUCAAAAAAGUAAAAAAGGUAAUGGAUUUGAGUUCUUUAAACAUACGUAGAAACGGAAAAGAAUUGAAGUUUUGUAAGAGAUACCAAGAGUACUACAUGAACGAACGAACAAAUGAUUUACCUUGUGUUGGAUAUAAGAAACUAAAGCAGAUAUUGGAAAAAUGUAAAAGAGAUCAUCCUCAAUCUCAAAGUCACCAUUGCUCAGUUUGCGACGAGACAUUCUUCCCAUCUCUCCGCGGUGAGAUGUCUGCAAUUGUUGGUUAUUUUAACGAACGGGCGCAAAAAUUACUCCAACUUCAUUUAUCAUCGGGUUUUAGAAAGUAUUUCAUAUGGUUUAAGAGCAACAUACAAGGACAUCAUCUUGCAAUGAUUGAAGAAGGCAAAGAGUUGGUUACUUACGCGAUGAUCAAUGCCAUUGCCAUGCGGAAAAUUCUUAAGAAAUAUGACAAGAUUCAUUACUCGAAACAAGGACAAGCAUUCAGAUCACAAGCACAAAGCAUGCAUAUUGACAUAUUUCAAUCCCCGUGGCUACGUGAGUUAAUAGCCUUUCACAUUAACUUAACGGAGAGCAGUAAUGAGACAAAAGAUUUACCAAGAUUGGUUGAAGAUUGUUCGGUCACCUUUGAAGGUGGAAGGCCAUCACUCAAAUUUUUGCUGUUUGAUUCUGUCAAACUCGAGAUCGAUUUGACUUGUUCCAUAUGCUUGGAUCCAGUAUUCAGCGUGGUUUCUCUUACUUGCGGUCACAUCUUCUGUAACGUGUGUGCUUGUUCUGCUUCGUCAGUUGCAAUCGUAGAUGAACUUAAGGCAGCAAACCCCAAGGCCAAAUGCCCUCUAUGUCGAGAGGAAGGAGUAUUCAGAGGUGCUGUACACUUGCACGAACUUAACAACUUAUUGAGUCGAAGAUGUCCUGAUUACUGGAAGGAACGGCUUCAAGCUGAAAAAGAAGAAAGGGAUCGACAAGCAAAGGUACUCGAAUCCAAAUUAAAAGAACGGCUAGCAAGGGAACACUGGGAAACUACUUGUAGAGCAUUCAGGAAUAUCUAGUAGUGCAUGAUUUACAUUUACAAUUUCUAUUUCCUAAUUUGAAGAACGAACUUCUGAAAUAAAGAAGUUGACAGUAAAGUUUGUUGGGUGAAAAUAUAUAAAUUUUGCAACAAGUAGCCACAAAUUAUGUGCAAACUCAUCCAAUAUCCUUGCUAUCAACAAAAAUUGUUCUGAAUCCAAAUAGUAGGGUGCAAGGUA